UUAAUUUCAGUUUAUAAAUCAGUAAUCUAAAUCUCAACCAUGAAUCAAGAUAAUCCGUAUGCGAUGAACCAGACGUGCAAGGUUUGCGGUGAGCCUGCGGCGGGGUUUCAUUGUGGUGCAUUUACAUGCGAGGGUUGUAAGUCAUUUUUCGGCCGCUCCUACAACAAUUUGUCAUCGAUAUCGGAUUGCAAAAACAAUGGUGAAUGCAUCAUUAAUAAGAAAAAUCGCACAGCAUGUAAGGCUUGUCGUUUGCGGAAAUGCUUAAUGGUGGGCAUGUCAAAAAGUGGUUCACGUUAUGGCCGUCGCUCGAAUUGGUUUAAAAUCCACUGCCUACUGCAGGAACAGCAACAACAAGCCGCUGCUGCCAUGGCAGCACAUCAAAAUAAUCAACAACAACAAGCAAAUCAACAACAUGCGGCGCAUGCACUGGGACCAAAAGCACCACACAGUGGUAUUGGCAUUCCAUCACCUGCAGCAGCAGCUGCCUUGGGAAUGCUAGGUCAUCCCAAUGCUUACGCAGGCUUAUAUCCACCACGCACAAAAGAAGAACUCAUGAUGUUAGGCUUAGAAGAGUAUGCUAAACAUCCUGCUGCUUCACCGUCCGUAAGCUCACCCGAAUCACAUAAUUCGGAUAGUUCAGUAGAAGUGAAUGUACGCGGGAAUCCAUUACUGCAUUUAGGAAGCAAACAUGUUGGUACUGAACCUACACCUUUACCGCCGCAAUUGCGUAAAGACUUGCCACCAUUUUUACCUUUACCAUUUCCUGGUCUCGCUUCAAUGCCCGUCAUGCCACCACCUUCCUUUUUACCGCCCUCGCAUUUACUAUUUUCUGGUUAUCAUCCUGCUUUGUAUCAGCAUCAUCAGGGUUUGCUGAAGCCUUCAUCUGAACAACAACAACAAGCAGUUGCUGCAGCAGCGGCUGUACAGCAUCUUUUUAAUUCUACCAAUGCCUCACCGAACCGUUUUAUGCCUACUAUUCCCAGCCCCGUUCAAACUUCUCCAUUGGCGAAACCACGAGAUAAAGAUGAGCACCAUGCACAUAGUCCCAGAACUGAUACAAUUAACAACAACCACUUGCCGAAUGGUAGUAAAGCGGCCGAAGAACUUACCAAGCGAUUUUAUUUAGACGCAGUACUCAAGUCACAGCAAUGUAGUCCACCACCACCAACCACUAGAUUAACAGCGCAUGGAAAGCAUGAUCACUCCAUAUCAGCGCUUGUAACUCCUAAUUCUGAAAGUGGACGAGAAAGACUUAAAAGUCGACAGAGCAACGACGACAUGGAUGACAGUGAAACUUUAGAUAGACAAUCCAAUGGCAACGAAAGCGAAUGUGGCGAAGAUUUGGUGGUUUCGAUGACGCCCCCCAGAUCGCCAGUUAACCCACAACCAGGUGGCGAUUGUACGCAAAGAAAAGAGCGCAUAUUGCAAGAUAAUCCAAUAGAUCUAAGCAUGAAGACUGGCAGCUCCAUAACCAGUUCGCUAAGCAGUAAGUGCAGUUCGACAGGUGCCGAUAGUGAAAGUGAAAAUGAGACAGACAGCGAUAAGCAUUCAAAAUUAAAAAACGGAUUAGAAGGUAAGCAAGAAGAGACUUCAGAACAUGAUGGAGAGGAAGUGCGUAUAGAUGACGAUGACAACAGCACAACAGAAACAAUAAAAACAAUGGCAAAUAAUAAUGGCACAAGUAAAUCCAAUAACAACAACAAUAAAACUGAUAGCAGUGACAGCGAAGGUAGUCAGAAAAAUUUUGAAAAUAAUAAAAGAAAUAUAAUUGAUACGCAAUAUACUGAAACUGAAGAUUUACUGGACUCUGCGUCAAAUACCAAGCGUCUUAAAUUAGAAAUUGGAGGCUUUAAGGUUGAAAACUCUGUAGUUAAAACAACGUCUGCACUUGACUUGACGACCAAGGUUUGACUGGUGCCACAGCACAAUGCUCAAUACUAAUGCUCAAAGGUGAUUGCUUGAAGAUCUGAUCUAAUUACUAUGUGUGCAGUUUCCAAAGUAACUAUGUAUCAAAUAUUUUGUACUAAAUGAACUGCCAAACUGCUCCAAAUUCGAACUUGUUGCGCAUGAGAACCACUCUAUUUCUGGAAACCUAAAAUCCAACAUCAUAGAUCGUAAAUUAAAAAAAUCAUCACGGCGCAAAAAACCACUAUAAUUAACAAAUUUUACAGAUGUUAUCACUUCAUUAAAACGGGUUUAUAAUAUCACGAAAAAAUGCCAAAAUUGGCAUUUGUAGAUUACGCGUUUUUAGUUUAUGGAACCUGCAGUUUGAGGCGGUGGAAUUUGAAAACAAACUAAAAACUUAAUUCCGGUCAAACUCAACACUCAGAUACCUUAUACCUGGUACAAAUGAAGAGCUUAAGUUUUAAGAAAGCAUUUAUGUCCCUUUGGGAUUCUGGUAAUUCCAUUUGCUGACGACCAUAAAUGCCUGGCAGUUGCGGCGUAGGGUGUACAAAAUCGAUCUUUCGGAAACCAAAUAUGCGUGAAAUAUAUUGGAAUUUUAUGUAAAAAUGAUAAUGUGGACACAUUUAUAAAAAUUAAAUUUAUAAAAUAUGAAACAAGUUGUCAGAAUUUAAAGCAGUUUUCUAGCUAAAUUGUGUAU